AUAUAUUGAGGGUGUAAUAUAAAAUAUAAAAUAUUUAAAAGAGCAAAGUGAGAAUAUUGAGAUCUUUUAGGAUAUAAAAUGCAAUUCCCCAAUAAAAAACACAAAACAUAAGUUGGGUUGAUCCGAAGCCCAAACCCAAUUUAAGGAAACCAGUUCCUAGGGUAUGGGCUUCCGGGCUGUGCUGGCCCAUGAGAUUAGAGAUGAAGAAGAAGAAGAUGAUGAAACUGACAAAACAGAGAUAUAAGUCCUUCACAGAAAACACCCCCCCCACCCUUCAAUUCUUCAAAUCAAAAGACAUUCACAGAGCGAGAGAGAGAGAGAGAGAGAGAGAGAGUUUGAUAUAUGAGUUUUCUUGUAAAGAAACUUCUCGUUUUUGUCAAAGAGGUCUCAUCCUUUUGCUGUGUAUUUGCUUUAUCUGUGACAUAAAACUCUCCCAUUGCGAGAUGUCUUGUCUUUCUUCUAUGUUCUUCAUCUUUGUGCCUGCAUUUACAGCUUCCUUGUGGCCCAAAGACCUCUCUUUCUCUGUUAAUAUCUGUAAUUCUUCAUGCUUUGGGUUUGCAGGGUUUUCCGUGAAGAAUUUGCUCUAAUUUCCCCGUACAAAGCGCAGAUCUUGAGAUAUGGAGACGGAAGAGAGGAACCAGAGAGCAUGUAAAUCACCAGAAACAGAUUUGUUCUUACAGUGGGGUAAUAGCAAGAGAGUCAGAUGCGUGAGAUUCAGAGACCCAGAUUUCUCAGACCCAUCAAAGAAUGGUAGACUUCGCCGGAAAAUCUCAUCGCGCUUCCUCACUCUUUCCCAGAAACAGACCUCUUUUCCUCAACCACCCACUCGUCUCACCAGGUAUCAUAAAAGUGAAGAAAAUCCCAUAUUUUUUUUCUCCCAAUUUUUCCCAGAAAAUUUACAAAAGAAAAGAAUUUCCGAUGUGGGUCUGUUUGGUUGCAGGAAUUCUGAAACGGCGGCGCUUCAGUCGGAGAAUCGGAAGUCUUCGGCAUCGGUGUCUCCGGAGAAGGAGAGAUUUUAUACGACGAGAGGGUCGGUGGUUGGGUUGGAGGAGAUUGGGCAAGAUCCGGCGGACGGCGUCGUAGGUGGAGUUGGGGAUGAGAAAAGAGGGGUUGUUUGGCCAAAGCUGUAUAUUGCUUUGUCAAGCAAAGAGAAAGAGGAGGAUUUUAUGGCUAUGAAAGGGUGUAAGCUUCCACAGAGGCCUAAGAAAAGGGCCAAAAUCAUCCAAAGAACUUUGCUUGUAAGUCCUUCCGAUACCUUUAUACAUAAAACUAAUCCUUUCUCUCUCUCUCUCUCUCUCUCGCAGAGGUAUAUAUCCCAAAUUACAAAAGAAAAGAUGAUUUUUUGAUCUGGGUUUUCGUUGAUUCUUUCUGCGUCUUUCUCAAUCUCUGUUCUCUGUCUCUCUGUGGCUUAACAUUAGUUUUGAUGUGGAGCAGUUGGUGAGUCCUGGAGCAUGGUUAACAGACAUGGGUCAAGAGAGGUAUGAAGUCAGGGAGAAGAAGAGUUCUAAGAAGAGACCAAGAGGAUUGAAGGCCAUGGGAAGCAUGGAAAGCGAUUCAGAAUGAUUGGUAAAUGGUAAUCCAAGUUCUAGCUUUCCUUUGGGGUUUUUGUUUUUUCUUGGGUUCUUUCCUCCCAAUUAAGGGAUGAGAAAUCUAGCAGAAGAAAAUUUUCAAGUCUACAUUAUUGUCCUUAUGAUAUUUAAAUGAGAAAGUAAAAUAUAUUUUAGAUUUUAUGCCUUUCCCUUUAGAUGCUUAUCCACCAUCUUUUGUCCUUGCUUAAGAGUUUUACCUGCCAAAGUUAAUUUGCAAAGAUAAAAAUGACUUUUUACUGUUUCUAGUAACCAGAAGUACACACGGAUCGUUGGGAUAUUGUUGUACAGAG